UUUGUGAGAUUCCUUCCUCUCAUGCCAUCUUCUCUACGCUUACUUGCAAUAAUCAACAGUAAGAAAUUAGCGAUGAAGCAACUUUUAAGUCUUAAGAUGCAAUUUUCCAAAAGUUAGAAAGAAAAAAUAUAUAGUGCUAGUGCUACGAUGAGAAAUAGAAAUUAUCAAAUUAGUGAAAGUGAUGCAUGCCUCUCUGUAAUUAUUACUUGAUUUGAUUUGCUAAUCCUCUCCAUCCCCAACUGCCCCAUAACCCAUUUAUUAAUUUUAGGAAAAUAUAUUGCCACUUGGCAUUCCUUCCCAUCUCCACGAUAUGCCCAGGGAAAUACGAUCUACGUUACCUGGAAAAACAUUACAUAUCAACUACAGUCUCUCUCUCUCUCUCUUCGUAGUUCGUAGUCCAUAGAUGGGGGAUAAGUUAUUAUAGUUCGAAAAUCACAAGUGUAGCACAUGGACCGAUAACCGAGACUGAUAGAAGUAAGAUAUAGUUCCGAUGCGUCACAUAUCUCAUGCUGUCAUGCAUAUGGGGUUUCAGUGAUUGGACGGUUAGUUCUUAGUCCUGCUGACAAGUAAGAGCCCCUGGAUCUCAUCUCCUUCUUCCAUUUGGGCUUAGCUUCGGGUUCAGACCGACAUAUGGCCACAUGGGUCCAACGGGACCAGUCGUAAUGCGCCACAUGGAAGGAGAUUGGGCUACCGCUACUGAACAGAACAGGGCCGGCCCAACUCUUACUAUUACGCGCUUAACCGUAUGCAUCCGUACGAUGGAAAAGGAAAGCACGUUUGUUCUAUACUUCUAUUCUACCAAAACAUACACCCAUCUCCCCCUAAGGUGAAAAUUUUUCUGUCUGUCUGUUUCCGGCUUCCGGCUUCCGGCUUCCGGUUCCAGUUUCACCUCCCCAUUCCCAAACACAACACCACCGAUGACCGAACCGGUUACAAACCGUUCCGCUACACUCAGUGACUCAACUCAACUCAACGGCUGUGAUUUUUUUAUUCAAUUCCAAAUUUUCUAACAAUCGAUCGAUGUCUCCGUCAUCAUCAUUUGAAGGCCUUGCUUUGCUUCUACUCCCUUUCCGUCGAUCUCCUUUUGGCGGGAGGUGGAUCGCGCAAUCAAAUCUCGCCCUCUCUCUCUCUCUAGUUCUUACCGUUUCUCUCUCUAGAGUCUAACGGGCAAUAAAUAUUAAAGGGAAGGCCACCAACCCGCACACACUCCCCCUUCUUAUUCGUGUGUAAACUCCCAACCUUCCACAAUUACGAGCCAUCCUUCCAUUAAUGAUUUUCUGCGCAGAUUGGGAAUCCGGCACAAGAUGAAGCUCUUUCUACUCUUCUUUCUUUUUCUGCUGCUCCAAAACCCUAAUUUUGCCAUCUCUCUGUCCCCCGACGGUCUCUCCCUUCUGGCUUUGAAGUCUGCCGUCGACCAGACGUCAGACGUCUCCGCAUUCUCCACCUGGAACGAAAACGACACCGAUCCAUGCCACUGGUCCGGGAUUUCCUGCAUGAAUGUCGCCGGAUACUCCGACCCUCGCGUCGUCGCAAUCGCCAUCUCCGGACAGAAUCUCCGCGGCUACAUACCCUCCGAGCUCGGAGCUCUUAUCUUUCUCCGCAGACUCAACCUCCACGGCAACCGCUUCUACGGUUCCAUUCCUCUUCAGCUCUUCAACGCUACCUCUCUCCACAGUAUCUUCCUCUACGGUAACAAUCUAUCUGGUCCGCUUCCGCCUUCGGUCUGCCAUCUCCCCCGCCUUCAGAACCUUGAUCUUUCGCAAAACUCGCUUUCCGGAUCCCUCUCGAGUGACCUUGCGAAUUGCCGUCAGCUGCAGAGGCUUGUUCUCUCCGGUAACAAAUUCUCCGGCGAGAUUCCCGACGGAAUUUGGCCCAAUCUCGACAACUUGGUUCAACUCGAUUUAUCGUCAAACGAAUUCAACGGAUCGAUCCCAGCUGAUCUCGGCGAUUUGAAAUCACUGUCCGGGACUCUAAACCUCUCUUUCAAUCAUUUUUCCGGCGAGAUCCCAAGAUCACUUGGCAGACUGCCGGUGACGGUAAGCUUCGAUCUUAGACAUAACAACCUCAGCGGACAAAUCCCUCAGGCCGGCACUUUUGAAAAUCAAGGGCCGACCGCAUUCCUUAACAACCCUUCCUUGUGUGGAUUUCCUCUCCAAACACCUUGCAGCGGGAAUCCGCCAAAGAGUUCUCCAGUAGACCAGCAGAAUCGGGAAACGGUACCUGAUACCAAUUCAAAGAAAGGGCUAAAACCAGGUUUCAUAAUAUUAAUCGCCGUUGCAGACGCCGCCGGAGUCGCGGUCAUUGGCUUGCUCAUCGUCUACAUAUACUGGAAGAGAAAAGAUUCCGGCAGUUGCAGCUGCACCGGUAAAGGAAAAUUCGGUGGCGGCGAGGGCAAAAAGUUCUGUUCUGGCGCAUGUUGGAACUCGUUCCCGAGUAACGACUCAGAAGUGGAGUCUGAUAAGGGAGGAAGUAGUAGUGGGGGAGGGGGAGGAGGAGAAGGUGAACUGGUUGCUAUCGAUAAGGGAUUUACGUUCGAAUUGGAUGAGCUUUUGAGAGCGUCGGCGUAUGUAUUGGGGAAGAGCGGAUUGGGAAUUGUUUACAAGGUGGUGCUGAAUAAUGGAGUUCCCGUGGCGGUGAGGAGAUUGGGUGAAGGUGAUGGACAGAGGUAUAAAGAAUUUGCAGCGGAGAUACAGGCGAUCGGACGCGUUAAGCACCCCAAUAUUGUAAGGUUAAGGGCUUAUUACUGGGCUGCUGAUGAAAAGCUUCUCAUAUCUGAUUUCAUCUCAAAUGGAAGCUUGGCUUCUGCUAUUCGUGGGAAGAGUGGCCAACCGUCUACGACUUUGCCCUGGUCGACCCGAUUGAAGAUUGCCAAGGGAACGGCUCGGGGCUUGGCUUACCUCCACGAAUGCAACCCACGGAAAUUCGUCCACGGAGACAUUAAGCCCUCCAACAUCCUCCUUGACACAGAUUUCCAACCAUACAUUUCCGAUUUUGGACUCAACCGAUUGAUCAGCAUCGCCGGCGAUGGUGCCACUUCAUCUGGUCCCGGGGGCCUUAUGGGUGGAGCUCUCCCUUAUAUCAAACCUUCCCCAGCGGAGCGAGUCAACAAUUACAAGGCCCCCGAGGCUCGGCUGGCAGGUAGCCGACCCACCCAGAAGUGGGAUGUAUACUCGUUUGGUGUCGUAUUGCUCGAAAUGCUGACCGGGAAGGCUCCGGAAUUCUCAUCUCCGACCACAUCAACAGCGACCGGUGCGACCUCGGAUCUGGUGAGAUGGGUGAGGAAGGGAUUUGAAGAGGAGAACCUGUUGUCGGAGAUGGUGGACCCCAUGCUGCUCAAGGAAGUGCAUGCAAAGAAGGAAGUGCUCGCGGUGUUUCAUGCGGCUCUCGCAUGCACGGAACCAGAUCCGGAGGUGAGACCAAGGAUGAAAACCGUGUCGGAAAAUCUCGAUAGGAUCGGCACGUGAAGAAAAUGAAGAUUUAUUAAUUCUUGUCACUUCCAGCCAGCGGAUUCCUGAUCAGAUCGUCCGAAAGACGAAAACAUGUGUUGAUCUUGUUUCGUAGGUUGGUAUAUUUUUUUCUUUCUUUCAUCUUUUAUGGGGCAUUUUUUUCAUAUGAUUCAUCAAAGUGGUUUUUUUUUUCUUUCUU